UCGAGUGCGGGUGGGCACUGGGGUGCUGUGGACAGUGGGCGGGAAUUCAAAGGGCCCAGGGUAAUUCCAGUUCUGCCAGUGGCUUUCCGGGCCAAGGGCCUCAGCUCGGAGCCCAGGCCGGACUGCCAGCUCCAAUCACAGCGUUCGUACACAAACAUGCAGAAAGCAGACAGAUGCGGACAUCAAGACACGCACGCGGGCACAGACACACGGACGCGGACUCAUGGAGAGAGCGGCUUGCACACAUACAGGGAAACACACUCAGGUCAACGCACAAAGCCCAUACGCACCCCAGUGCGGCAACAUACCCCCAGGCUACACUCUCACAUUAGAUUGCUUACCUUUUUCCCCUGGGUACCGGCCCUGGCCUGGUGGGCUCCUGGUCAAGCGGCAGAUGCCCCAGACCGUGCAACUGUCCCUCAGUCAGGGGAGAAGGUACACCCAGUGCUGGGGCCAAGCCCGGAGAGAGAGGAGCUGACGAUGGUCAGGAAAGGCUGCUUGGUACUGAGGCUCGAAGGCGGCUCGAGAAGGUGGGGGUGAGGUCACUGCUGGCAGAAGGAACGGCCUGUACAAAGGGACAGUGGUGCAGCCUGGCCCAAGGACACCUUGGAGGUGGGGGCACCCAUGCCCCUGGGCCCCGAAAUACAGGUCUAAACAGAAGGAGCCUCUUCCAGGGAGGGAUCCCUGAGCCUCCCUCUGAGCAGAAAUAGUUGGACCUGAUGGGCUGAAUGGGGCUUUCCUGCUGCCAAGAUGUCGUUAUCACCGACAGUGACCUCCUGGCCAGAACCGCACGGCCCUGAGGAGUCUGAUAAGCUGCAGACCCCAGAGCAGGACACUCAGCAGGCAAGCAGUGGGGACGUGCCCAGCACCCACCGUGAGGACACUUGGCCCGGCCUGGGCACCCUUCGGCGGGCCUUCUCCAAGGCAAGCCGGCGGGCCUUGGGCCAGGCCCCCGGGGAGGACACUGGCCUGCUCCGACGCAGCUCCCACUUCCUGCGAUCCUUACGGCGCCCCCGGGAUGAUGGCCCGGCUGCUGCACCAGGGGGGGCCCGCGGCCCAGAGGGGCCCUCAGGCGUCACGGAUGGUGGCAGCAGGCCGUCAACCACUGGGGUGGGGCCUGAGGAACCAGGACAGGAGGAAGGCAAAUCUGUGGCGGACCUCAUCACGGAGCGGCAGCUGCUGGCGGCCUUCGAGCAGCUGCGGCAGCUGGAGACGCGGCUCCUGGCGCAGAAAGCCUCGGGCACCUUCGAGCAGGACCCCACCGGCUUCGCGCGGCGCGCCAUGGACGUGUGCCUGCUCUACGACGGGCUGGCGGCGGAGAUCCGCGCCAUCGUGCGCGAGACGCUGGGCCCGGGCGGCGUGGACGCGGCCGCGCUCGCCGAGCUGGCCCGCGUGGUGCGCGCCGAGGAGGAGGCCCACCCGGUGCCCCCCGCCGACGGCGACUUCCUGCUCACGCCGCGCCGCUGGCGGCGGCACUGGGAGGACGCGGUGACGCGGAGCGCGCAGGAGCGCGUGCGGCAGGCGGGCGCUGGGGACGCCGCGGGGGCGGCCGAGGGCGCGUCGGGCCUGGCCCGGCUUCUGGCCGAGCUCGGCGGCUCGGUUCGCCGCGACCUGCGCCAGGUGCGGCUGCAGGUGCAGCCCGCCUACUCGGCCGCCGGCCUCCCGGCGUGGGAGGCCUACCUGCGCGCCUUCCACGGCGCGGUGGCCCAGCGCCUCCAGGAGCUCGCGCGCGACGCCCGGGGCUGCGAGCAGCUCUACGUCCUGCUGGACUGGACCGCCAAUGUCUACGGCAGUCCUGACUUCCUCGGUGCCCCGGACCUGACUCUGUCCACGGAGCCACUGCCCCCACUCCUGGCACCCAGUGUGUGGGCGCGCCUGGAGAGCGACUACACCAGCUUCCUAGAGACCAAGAUCACAAGCUGCUUCGACAGCAUCCUGCAGCUGGAACAGAGCCGCUGGGUGGCCGCUGAGGCCCCCGAUGUGCUCCAGGGCCUCUACCACACGCCUCUGUCCAUCGACAUCCACAUGCUCGUGGCUGAGCAUGUGAAGGCGGCUGGUGCCAUCUCUGCAGAACUGGAGGCCACCACGCUGCGCAUCUGCGCGCGGGCACUCGGCCUCUUUCUGCCCAGGUUUGAAAAGGCUUUGCUACAGUCGGAGGCGGUGAGCGAACCUCAUCUGGGCGCCAGCAUCAACGCCUGCGAGGAGCUCAGGACCAGUCUUCUGGCCAGGUUCCCAGGAACCUUUGAAGAGCUGGAGAAACCUCUAGUGGCUGCCGUCUGUGUCUUCCAAAAGCGGCUGCUCCAAGGCUUGCAGUAUGAUGUGCAACCGCUUUUCAGGGUCCUGUGUACCAAGGCCUGGCUGACACACGACGUGCUGCAGCCCCUCAUGGACAAAGUGGUGGCCUUCGCCCAUCACCUGGAGCACGUGGCCCCACUGCGGGCACAGGAGACUCUGCAGGAGGCACACCGAUACGUGGUCCGUGAAUACCUGGCACAGGUGCUGAGGCCUCGUGAGCGGUUCCGCGGUGUCGAUCGCGUGACUGGCUCCCAGAAGAUGGGCCUCGACGCCCAGGCCAUUGGCAACACCUUCCAGGGCUUGGGCUCAGAGGCCACGUGGCUGGGCCAGGCUAUCCCAUGCGUCGCUGACAUUCUCGGCGAGACUUACAAGGACGACAUCGGGCGGCACCUGGAGACACUCAUCGGGAGCUACCCAGACAUCAGGCGGGACCACGUGCUGGCCAUUCUGGCGCUGCGCAGACUGGGCCGCCGUCGGAACCAGCGCCUCUUGCAGCAUGCCCAGAGCCUGCGGAGGGCUGCGGCCAAGGCGGAGGGCUCCGGGGCUGCUGGCGGCCGUGUGCUCUUCGAAGAGAUCCAAGUGCCUACUUCCGUGGACGUGCUGAUCACCUGCAUCAAAUGCUCCGGGUCUCGGAGGGGGUGGGCCUCAGGUGGGGGGCCGCAUUAACUGAGGGUCAGCACCUUCACCCAGGCAUCACCCAGACACUAAGCCCCAGGCUGGGAGUCUAGGGAGGCGCUCUCAGCCCUGCCCCCAACCUUGAAGCCCGUAAUCACACGACGUUCGUCCUCAGCUGUGCGCGGUUGCUUACCAGAAGGAACAGCACGAAGAGAGGCAUUUCAGGCAUUUGUGGGGGAGUGUUUGGGGGUGGCGGAGGUUCCUUUCAAUACUGCCUCCCGGCCCUAACGGUCCAGCACCACCCCCAGUCUGAAAGUGAAGCAGAGAGUAUUUAUUUUUAAAAUAAAGGUGAAUUAAAAUGGUGCCUCCCUAAAGAGGGGGCAGGGCCAAGUUGA